UUUCCUCCCUGCGCAUGCUCUUGUCAGCGGGUCGUACUGAGGUUUCAUCAAAAGUCGUGUAACAAGGCUAAAAGCCGAGGAAAAAACUCGCGAAAAUGCUGCGAUUAUCCACGGCUUCAAGGCCCCUUUCAAAAGGAGGACAAUUCCUUAGGUUUCUGUGUGCAAGUAGAAAUGCCUCCACCUUAGUCAUUGCUGAGCACAAUGAUGAACAUCUGGUUCCUGUCACUUUGAACGCUAUUACUGCUGCUAAUAAAAUAGGUGGUGAUGUUGCGGCACUGGUGGCUGGCUCAAAUUGUGGACCUGUUGUGGAAGCUUUGAGCAAAGUCAAAGGUCUCAACAAAAUUCUAGUUGCACAGAAUGAUGCAUACAAAGGGUUUUUACCAGAGGUUCUUGCUCCUCUCAUCUUAGCAACACAGAAGCAGUUCAACUUCACACAUAUCACAGCUGGUUCAUCAGCAUUUGGGAAGGGUCUGUUGCCAAGAGUGGCUGCUAUGCUAGACGUUGCUCCCCUCUCAGACAUCAUGGAGAUUCUGUCUGAAGAUACGUUUGUGAGAACCAUUUAUGCUGGUAAUGCAGUAACGACCAUCAAAUCGACAGACCCCAUCAAAGUGAUGACCGUGAGAGGCACUGCGUUUGAGGCCGCCAGCACUGAUGGAGGUGCUGUCACAGCAGAGGAUGCCCCUAGCUCCGACACAAACAAUGAGCUGUCAUCAUUUGUCAAGCAGGACUUGCAUGUCAGUGAUCUGCCCGAACUCACCAGUGCCAAAGUGGUGGUCUCAGGAGGGCGUGGAAUGAAGAGUGGUGAGAAUUUCCAAAUGCUGUAUGACAUGGCUGCCAAGCUCAAUGCUGCUGUGGGUGCAUCUCGUGCUGCUGUGGAUGCGGGGUACGUUCCCAACGAUAUGCAAGUUGGACAAACCGGGAAAAUGGUGGCACCGGACCUGUAUAUCGCUGUUGGUAUCUCCGGCGCCAUUCAACAUCUCGCUGGAAUGAAGGAUAGCAAGAUUAUUGUUGCAAUCAACAAAGACCCAGAAGCCCCCAUUUUCCAAGUCGCAGACUACGGACUUGUCGAAGAUUUAUUCAAGGCCGUACCAGAAAUAACGAAGAAGCUCUAAAAGACAACUAAAUCCAGCUUGAUUCUGUUUGCUGUAAUAUCUUCUUCAGACGGGAAUCUGGCGCCCACAAAUCUCGUGUAAAACGCGCAUAAUAUUAUUUCAGAAAACAUGCAGCAUUUGUAUAUUUCUUUUUAUCUGUACAUGUAUUUGGGAGGCCUUGAAAAAAUAAAGAUUGUCGAUAUUCA